AUCCAAAAACCUAGAAGAAGAAUCUGUUUGGCAAAUGGCGGGCUCCUUGACAGACGAGCAGCUCGCACAGCACGUUUAUGGCUCUCUGCAGGUUGCAUCGUGUCCCUUGGUGCAAGGUCUGUAUCUGCCGGAAGCAGACAUUUUGCCGCUGCUUUGCAGUCCCUCGGAACUCCGCAUCAACGUACUUGCAUGGAUCUGCAGCAGCAUCAACCCAAACUUUGCCAAUCAUAAAGCUACGGUGAUGAGUUCCAAAGAUCCAGAUCUUUUAACUAAAGAAAUAACUGCGUUUGGGCAGGAGCUGAUGCUGUGCAAAGGAGAUGACCUGGAGCUGAUCAGGGGUAAUGCAAGUCCUCAUCGGCAACUUCGGUUCCUGGAGCAGCUUUUAACUCUUGUCCCACACUUCAAGAAGUCUGCAGGACUCCCCGAUGGGGAGGCGCUUCUGAAUGAGCUCUUUGCAGCUGAGAGUCUGCCUCACCUCACUCAAAUGCUCAAACCCACUCUUGACCCAUGGCCUGUGAACAUCAAGGCUUUACGGAAAAGCACCAAGUCAUCGUCUAAGCCGAGAGAAGCAGUUUCAGAUGUUGCUGCUCUUCUACAGUCGACUCAGUCAGAGCUGGAGCAGCUAAAGUCAAAGUGUGACUUCCUGGUCAAUGAGGAGAAAAGUCUGCCCGUCUUCUCUCCAAGUUCACUGCGUUUGGUAGCAUGCGACCUCCAGCAGCUGAUGACUACUUUCUGCCACGUUUACGAGACGGACUUAAGAGCAUACUGCACCAGAGACCCCCCCCGCUUCAGCACAGAGAUCGAUGUCUUCCAGAGAGUCCACGAGCUGCUGCUGGCCUGCAACACGGAGCUGGAAAUGCUUAAAGAAGUGUCAGAAGCUUCUGAAUCUAUGAACGAGGAGGUGAAGCAGCUACAAACACAACCUCGCUACUGGAGCCGAGGAGAAAAGCACACGCUCCCUGAUCAACUGCAGGACCUCACAAAGCGAAUUGAAGACUUUCUCUGGCAGCUUCAUUCCUGACUGCAUCCCUCACACCACAGAACAGAACCUCCAAACUCACUGGCGGCUCAAAAUCAACUGUGGGAGACUGAACCGUGGUGGCGAGAACUCCCUCACUUUUUUAUUUUCUUAUUUCAGCUCCCAUUGCUGCCACAAUUUCCAAAGGAACAUCCUAUUGGUAUAAUUAAAAUAAUAUUCUUGGAACAUCACACCCCAUCUAUUCUAAAGUAUAUCACUAUAUUGGUUCAGAUUUUUAUAAUUAACAGAAACCUAACACAUACUAGUUAGAAUAGUUUUCUAACUUCGUCUGUUAACUAUAAAUGUUUAUUUUGUAUAUUUUGUUAAAUAAAAAUCUUUUAAGCUUCAA